AUGGGCAGGAUCAUUUUCUACGAGGAAAGGAACUUCCAGGGUCGCUCCUUUGAGUGCAGCAGCGACUGCUCCGACAUCCACAUGCAUCUGAACCGCUGCAACUCCUGCAGGGUUGAUAGUGGGUGCUUCGUGGUGUAUGACCGCCCCAACUUCAUGGGGAACCAGGUCUUUUUGCGGAGAGGUGAGUAUCCUGAUUUUCAGCGCAUGGGAAGCACGAUGGGCAUGAUGGGUAUGGCGAUGAUGGAUACCAUCCGGUCCUGUCGCAUGAUCCCCAUGCACAGAGGACAGUUCAGGAUGAGGAUCUAUGAAAGAGAGAACUUCGGAGGUCAGAUGCAUGAGCUGAUGGAUGACUGCGAAUCUCUCCAGGAUCGAUUUUACAUGUCUGACUGCCAGUCCUGCAACGUGAUGGAUGGCCACUGGCUGAUGUUCGAGCAGAACAGCUACAGAGGACGCAUGAUUUACUUGAGGCCUGGAGAGCACAGGAACCUCAGAGAGAUGGGAGUGAGCAACAUGAUGAGAAUAAGCUCCAUCAGACGCAUUAUGGACAUGUGCUGA